ACAAAACUUCUUAUAUUAAUUGUCACCCCCCAUCUUUUUAUUCUUUAAAAAAUGUCUCUUGCCAAACAAAACUUUGCUACUCAAUCUGAAGAAGGAUUGAACCAACAAAUCAAUACUGAACUGCAAGCCUCUCAAGUCUAUUUGUCCAUGGCUGCUUGGGCUCAACAUUCUUCUGUUGCGUUACCAGGUUUGGAAAAAUACUUUCGCGAAUCUGCUAAAGAAGAAAGAGAACAUGCUCAACGUUUAAUUGACUAUGUCAACACCAGAGGUGGAAGAGUUGUCUUGCGCGCUUUGCAAGCUCCUGAGACUGAUUGGAAGUCUGCUAAAAAUGCUGUUGAAUCCGCCCUUCAACUUGAAAAAGAUGUCAACAAGUCUCUCUUAAACUUGCACAAGAUUGCCGAUAGCCAAAACGAUCCACAAAUGUGUGACUUUAUUGAAGCUUAUUAUUUGGGUGAACAAGUUGAAGCUAUUAAGAAGUUGGCUGAUAUGGUUACACAACUCAAUCGUGUCGGUGAAGGUCUUGGUGUCUAUUUGUGGGAUCAACAACUUUACAGAGAAGGCACCGGUGCUGGUAGUCGUGCCACUGGUAGCCCUCUUGAUCUUGCUUAAAGCGAUUAUUUUAUUAUUAAAAAUUAUGUUUAUGUUUAAAA